UGUGUUUUUGUAGCCACAAGAAGGCAGAACGCAAAACAAACGCACGAGCGACACCUCCCCGCGGACGGCCUGCGUCACCGCCUCCCGACAGACACGUCGUUAGCCCGAUAGCUCAGCUCAGCCGGCCUCAGAGCCGAGCCUCAUGGUGUCGGGUCAGUCGGGUCAAUGGGGAACUGCCUGUUCGCACAAGGAGCGGACGACCUGUCGCUGCUGAACGAGUCCGAGGGGGGCAGUCUGCCCGGGGAGCCGCCUCCACCCUACCAGGAGCGCAACCAGCCUGUGCCAGUGUACCAUCCCAACCCGGGGGAGAGUCGCCUGGCUUACCAGCUGACCGAGGAGGAGCAGAUCCGCAUUGCCCAGCGAAUCGGUCUCAUCCAUCAUCUGCCCAAAGGCAUCUUCAACCGGGGCUCCGACCCCUCUGACAAGAAAGUUAAAGAGUGUGUGAUCUGCAUGAUGGAUUUUGAGUACAGCGACCCCAUUCGGUUCUUGCCCUGUCUUCACAUCUACCACGUGGAUUGCAUUGACCCCUGGCUGAUGCGCUCCUUCACCUGCCCCUCCUGCAUGGAGCCGGUCGAUGCAGCCCUGCUGUCUUCUUACGAAACCAACUGAGCAGCCCCUCAACGGCUGCUCCUGCCUAAAAGUAACUGCACCUUUUGUAGCCGAAAACUGUCCAAGCUGUUCCAACAGGUAGCCGAGGUGAUGUGGAAUUAUGCAGAUGUUUGCAGGGUGUUUUAGGAUGCAGACAGGUGUUGAGAACUGUGCCCCACACUACGUCACUUAAAGUCUGAUAUGCACCUAUUUGGGCUUUGGAAACUCUUUGCCUUUAACAGUAGGACGAUGUGCCAAAUCAAGCUAGAUGAAGAAUACAGAAAGCUGUACACGUAGCAAAAUAUUACUGCAAAGUAAUGUCACUUUUGUACGACCGACAGUCUAUUUUAAUUUGUGAUUUUUUUAACUGUAAUUGGAUGCAUUUCACCAUUGUGGUUUACUUCCCCUUUUUAGACCUAAUGUGCAAUAUGUAAUAUCAAUGGAGAAAAUGCAAAAAAAUGUUCUCCGUCUGUUGAAGUUGUUGUGUUUUUAAAGAACAUGUGGCCUUGAAUGUCACAAAAACACAGGCCUCUCUACUGAUAUGCAAUCAUCAGGACACAGAAACAUUAUUUUUUUUCUGAACAAAGAUAUGCUAAAAGGUCCCACGACCGUUUAUGUCUACAGCGCCACGAGAUGGAAUGGUGUCCAUUUAGAUGCAAUCUAUUUUAUUUGACUAAGGUUGUCAGUACUGUUGCUUUUCCUUUUGAAGCUGCUCUUAAAAAUGUGGAUCUUGUUUUUUUGGGGGGUUUUUCCUAUCCCACAAUAUAGAUAAUCUCCUUUGCUUUGCCUUGAGCUUGUGCUCUCUGUUUUGUUUUCAAAAUCAGUCCUUAGUGUGCCCUUUUCAUUGUUUACUGCCAGUGACAUUUACAAAGACAACACAUGCUGUGCACCUUGGGAUACCUCUCAUCCGUAUCCUGUAGAGUUCUUAGGUGUGUGUGUGUGUGUGUGUGUUUUUGUAGGAGACGGUGGCUAGAGAUUGGCAUGUCGAGGUGUCGUUGUGAAUUGUCAGUUGUGAACCUCGUUGUAGUUCCUUCUCUUUUUCUAGUUCGAAGCUGUUGGGGUUUGUUUUUGUGGUGACCGCCUUCUUACAGCAAGUGAUGCAUUUCCAAAACUCCUGGUUCUGGUCAAACAAAAACACUUUCAUCUUUUGGUACUCUCUGAUACUGUCCGCGUUAUGUAUAGCACAAACAAGUAAAAAUGCUGAAAGAGACGCCACAGUAGCAGAACGGACUGUGUCUUGAAUGUAAAGCAUUAUUUCAGCUUUUGAAGGUUUGGACAGUACACGUGACAAUAAGAGGACAUAUUUCUGAUUUACUCAGGCUGCUGUGCCUUUUUAAGUUUGAGGUAAGCCAAUUCCUGUGAAGUACAAUCAUUUCUGACAUGACUUUUUCAUUUUCCUUUAGUUGUCCUCUAGGGGGAAACAGAUACCAGCACUGUACUGAUUUGUGUCGCUUUGAAUUAAACCAGAAAUGAAGCCAGGUUUGCUCUGGCUGCUGUUAACAAUCAGUUUGUGUUUUCAUUUAUAAUGUGUGCCAGCGGUGUGCAGAUGUUAAAAAGUGGACACCAGAUUUUACACAUUAUGUGUUGUCUUUUUAUGUUGUGUGUUAAAGCCAAAGUGGUCUAGUUCAUUGUUUUCCAGCAGUUGUGUUUAAUAAGUGUGCAAUUCUUUGAACAGGGAAUGUUUCAGUGUUUAACCAGAAACUAUUAUAAGACCAAGGGCCAAAAGAACAGCAGGCUCAAAACAUUAGUGCAAAUGUCAACCAGCUGCACCCCGAACAUCCGCAGUGUC